AUGGUGCAAGCCUGGUACAUGGACGAGUCCGCGGCCGACCCGCGGAUGCCCCACCGCGCGCAGCCCGACCGCCCGGUGGGCCUGGAGCAGCUGCGCACGCUCGGAGUGCUGUAUUGGAAGCUGGAUGCUGACAAGUAUGAGAAUGAUCCAGAACUGGAAAAGAUCCGGAAAGAGAGAAACUACUCCUGGAUGGACAUCAUUACCAUAUGCAAAGAUAGACUUCCCAAUUAUGAGGAGAAGAUCAAGAUGUUCUUCGAGGAGCAUCUGCACCUGGAUGAGGAGAUCCGCUACAUCCUGGAGGGCAGUGGGUACUUCGAUGUCAGGGACAAGGAGGACAAGUGGAUCCGGAUUUCCAUGGAGAAGGGGGACAUGAUCACGCUUCCUGCUGGCAUCUAUCACCGUUUCACGCUGGACGAGAAGAAUUACGUGAAGGCCAUGCGGCUGUUUGUGGGAGAGCCUGUGUGGACACCGUACAACCGUCCAGCUGACCAUUUUGAUGCCCGGGUUCAGUACAUGAAGUUUUUGGAAGGAAGAGCAUAG